AUGGCUGACUACGAACUAUUUCAGACCUAUGAGGCUGAUUUCCAAAUAGCCUACGAAGAAGCUCAAGAAAAAUUGAACCAGAUCAGAGACUUGGAUGGCGAACCAAGGAAAUCUGCAAUGAAGGCUGUAGAAAGAGCCACUGAUGAAUGCUAUGAAAUAAUUGAUCAAAUGAGCAUUGAAGUUCAAAACAUCUCCUCUUCUGAAAGAUCCUCUUUUAAUUCAAAGAUUCGUUCCUACAGAUCAAGUGUAGAAAAGCAAAAAAUUCAAUUGAAAAAACUAAUGGACGAUGAAGACAGAAGAAUCCUUUUCGGCUCCUCUCCUCAAUUUGACUACAAUAAUAACGAUCCAAACUAUUCUCAAAGGCAAUCUCUAUUAAGAGCAAAUGCCUCCCUAGAGAGAUCCUCUGAUAGACUAAGAGACUCUCAAAGAAUUGGCGCUGAAACUGAAAAUAUUGGUGCAGGUAUUUUAAAUGAUCUAAGAGGUCAAAGAGAACAAAUUAUAAAUUCAAGAAACACUUUAAUGGAUGCUGAUGGUUAUGUUGAUAAAAGUAUCAGAACUUUAAGAAAAAUGACAAGAAGAAUGGCCACCAAUAAAAUGAUAACUUAUGCAAUCAUAGCUGUUCUCAUAAUCUUGAUUUUCUUAGUCUUAUUAAGUAAAUUCUGGUAA